AUGUUACCCAAAGGCCGGAGGCUUGUGGGCCGUACAGUCGCCCGUCGACGCUUUCUAUUCGUUGCUCUCGCCGUCCUGUCGUUUGUGCUUUGGCACAAUCUUCCCCUUCUCCACAAGAAUGGCAAUCGAGCAGAUCGUCGAACGCCCAAGUAUGAUGUCGACGACGUGCCGCAUUUCGUCCAUCGUGCGUCCUUUCGGGUCGAUCCGGAUUUAGAGUACGAAGAGCGCGUGUCGCAAGCCUUGCGCAAUAUCGAACGAGCGGUUAUACAUGAGAACGGAGGGGAGUAUGUGGCGCGCGACAGGAUCUGGCAGGUGAUGCUGGGGAAGAAUCGAGAGCGGAGUGAGGACUCGUUGGCGUUCGAAGAUGAGAACGAGGGAUGGGAAUAUUCGCUCGUCACCACCGACACGGCCAACGCCUUUAUCGACAGCGUCUUCCUAACAGUCCCCGACCUCAAGGACAUCUACAUGGCCUACCCUCUCGACAUCCUCCGCGCAGACCUCCUCCGAUACCUCCUGCUCUGGUACCACGGCGGAUACUACGCAGACACCGACGUCUUCCCCAAACGAUCUAUCAAAGACUGUCCCUCACUAGAACCGCUCUUCACCCCUCCCCCUCACCACAAACCCAACAUCUCCCUCGUCAUCGGCAUCGAACUCGACGAGCCCAAAGCCUCCUCGCAACUCAUGCGCCACUGGCGCUGGACCCGACGCUACGGCUUCAUUCAGUACACGCUCUACGCGCCUCGACGCUUCAGCCCGCUCCUCCGCGAGACCAUCGUCCGGGCCCUCUCCCACACGCGACAACACAUCCAGCAGUACCUGCUCCCGUGGGGCCCACGGUACAACGAGCACGCCAUCCUGGAGAUCAGCGGCCCAGGCAUGUUCACCGACACCGUGCUGGACACGCUAUCGCAGACGCUGCCGCCCACCAACAAGCUCGUCGAGCAGUCCGUCGGCGCAGACCUCGGCGUUGGCGACCUCAUGACGCACAGAUCGGGCCUCACGCAGCGCCGCGUGACCUGGGCGCCUUUCUUCGGCAUCAAAGAGCCGCUCUGCGUCGAUGCUUCUGAGGCUACGGACGCGAUGGGCGGGCUCUGCGUGCUGCCGGUCAAUGCGUGGGGGAACGGGCAGAGACAUAGCGGGUCCGAGAACUUUGGGAGUCAGCAUGCGUGCGUGAAUCAUCGGUUCAAGGGCAGUUGGAAGCCGUGGAAGAAGUCGUGGAAGGAGUAUUUCUUUGGAUAG